AAAAAGUAACGUUUUAUGUAAUAUUUCGCAUGAGACGGAGGAAGUACACACAAGUAGUACACAAUUGCUAUUCCAAAAAAAAAAAAAAAAGAAAAAAAAAAGUAGUACACAAUUGUAUUAUUCGAUUGAUUUCUAAUUUGGCUUAGUUUCCUACCUAUAGUAAGUCUUUUAACCUAGCAUAUAUUGAGCAGCCGUCGUCCCGCUACAAGCUGCUUUGCAAUACACACAGAAAGCAUCCAACAUCGUCUUCUCUUCAUUCAAUCUACCAUACCCCGCAGCUUCUCUGAUUGAGAUAAUCAGAAGCUGUUGAAAUUGUGAAAAGGAAGAAAAAUGGGUUCGCGUUUUUGGACUCAGGGUAAUAGUGACACCGAGGAGGAGGAGAGUGAUUAUGAUGAUGUUGAUGAGAUUGUUGCUGAUGAACCCGAAACUCGAGUUGGGGGUGGUGAAAACAAGUAUUUAAAGACCAAUGAUAGUGACAGUGAUGAUUCUGAUGACCAAAAGCGAGUUGUCGUUUCGGCCAAGGAUAAGCGGUUCCAGGAGAUGUCUGCUACCGUUGAGCAGAUGAAGAAUGCUAUGAAGAUCAAUGACUGGGUGAGCCUACAGGAGAGCUAUGAUAAGAUUAAUAAACAGCUCGAAAAAGUUAUGCGUGUGGCGGAGGCUGGUAAGGUUCCCAAUGUCUAUAUAAAGGCUCUUGUGUUGUUGGAGGAUUUUCUGCUUGAGACCUUGUCGAAUAAGGAGGCUAAGAAGAAGAUGAGCAGCAGCAAUGCGAAGGCAUUGAAUAAAAUGAAGCAGAAUCUAAAGAAGAACAAUAAGCAAUAUGAAGAUCUGAUCAACAAGUUUAGGGAGAAUCCUGAGUCUGAAGAUGAUGGGGAGAAAGAGGAAUCUGAAGAGGAAACUGAAUCAGAAGCUGAAGAAUCUGAGUCAGAAGCUGAAGAGUCCGACAAAGAGGAUGAAGCAAGGGAGGAUGAUGCUGAAGAUGAGGAUGACGAGUGGCAAAAGACAGGGAAGAAUAAUAAGCUUAUCGAUAUGAAGUUACUGAAAAACCCUAGUGAGAUCACUUGGGAUACAGUGAACAAAAAAGUCAAGGAAAUUGUUGCUGGACGUGGUAGGAAGGGAACUGGGAAAAUUGAGCUUGUUGAGCGGCUUACCUUUUUGACCAGGAUUGCGAAGACACCAGCUCAGAAGCUGGAGAUCCUUUUCAGUGUUGUUUCUGCUCAAUUUGAUAUCAAUCCUAGUCUCAGUGGACACAUGCCGAUUAAUGUGUGGAAGAAAUGUGUGCAGAAUAUGUUUGUUAUACUUGAUAUUCUCACUCAGUAUCCAAACAUUUUGGUGGAUGAUUCUGUGGAGCCUGAUGAGAAUGAAACCCAAAAGGGUCCAGAACAUAAUGGUACCAUCCGAGUAUGGGGAAACUUGGUAGCCUUCCUUGAGAGGAUAGAUAUUGAGUUUUUCAAGAGCUUGCAAUGUAUAGAUCCUUAUACUCGUGAAUUUGUUGAAAGACUCAGAGAUGAGCCUUUGUUUUUGGUCCUGGCACAAAAUGUCCAAGAAUACUUGGAGAAAAGUGGAAAUCUGAAGGCAGCUGCGAAAGUAGCCCUGAGACGUGUUGAAUUUGUGUACUAUAAGCCUCAAGAAGUUUAUGAGGCAAUGAGGAAAUUGGCUGAACAAACAGAAGAGGAGAAUGAUGAAGCUGCAGGUGAGGAACCCAAGGGGGCUGGUGUAGGUAAGAAUCCCUCUUUGUUUGUGACAACACCUGAGCUUGUGCCUCGGAAAUCUACUUUUCCAGAGCGCAGCAGGGUCUUGAUGGAUAGCUUAGUUUCUCUCAUUUAUCAAUUUGGAGAUGAGAGAACAAAGGCUCGUGCUAUGCUAUGUGACAUUUACCACCAUGCCCUUAUGGAUGAAUUUUCAAUUGCUCGUGACUUAUUGUUGAUGAGUCAUUUACAAGACACAAUACAACAUAUGGAUAUUUCAACCCAGAUAUUGUUCAAUAGAGCUAUGGCUCAGCUUGGAUUAUGUGCUUUCAGAAUUGGUCUGAUUUCAGAAGGGCACAGUUGCCUUUCUGAAUUAUAUUCAGCUGGAAGAGUGAGAGAGCUGCUUGCACAAGGUUUCUCUCAAAGUCGUUACCAUGAGAAGACUCCUGAACAGGAGAUGAAAGAAAGAAGACAACAGAUGCCAUACCACAUGCACAUCAAUUUGGAACUCUUGGAGGCAGUUCAUCUGACUUGUGCCAUGCUGUUGGAGGUCCCUUAUAUGGCUGCCAACACCUUCGAAUCACAGCGUCGAGUCAUAAGCAAGACAUUCAGGAGAUUGCUUGAAGCUAGUGAGAGGCAAACACUUAGAGGCCCCCCUGAAAAUGUCAGGGAUCAUGCUAUGGCUGCUACUAGAGGACUCACUCAAGGAGACUUUCAAAAGGCCUUUGAUGUUAUUACAUCUCUGGAUGUGUGGAAGCUACUGAAAAACAAAGAGGGUGUCUUUGAAAUGCUGAAAUCCAAGAUCAAAGAAGCUGCCCUUAGGACAUACCUUUUUACUUAUGCUGUUUCUUACAGUUCUCUGAGCCUUGAACAGCUGUCUAAGAUGUUUGAGCUCUCUGAGCCACAGAUACACAGCAUCGUGAGUAAGAUGAUGGUUAAUGAGGAGCUGCGUGCUUCAUGGGACCAGCCUACUCGAUGCAUCAUCUUCCAUGAGGUUGAGCACACUAGAUUGCAGGCUCUUGCUUUCCAAUUGACCGAGAAGCUGUCUUUCUAUGCAGAAAAUAAUGAGCGCGCUAUGGAGGCCAAGUUGGGUGGUGGUUCAUUGGAUGGUUUGCCUCCUAGGAGGAGAGAUGGACCAGAUUAUGCUGCGGUUGCCUCUUCUGGUGGUGGUAGGUGGCAUGACAACUCUUAUUCUCAAGGAAGGUCAGGUGGGCGUUCAGGAUAUGGCGGAAAGGCAAUGAAUCCUGGACAGUUUUCUGCUGGAGGAUAUUCAAGAGACCAAGGUGGUCAUGCUAGAGGGGCAGGCUCUUAUGGGCGUGCAUCGCGAGGACAACACACUGAUUCUUCGGCCCGUAUGGUCAGCCUUAAUCGUGGGGCUCGUUGAUUCGUGAACCGUGAUACUUAAGCCAUCUGAGUAAUUUUGUCCCAAGGUUUCUAAAUCAGUAAUAUUUUCAUUUCCGGGAAGAAGUUUUGGUUUCAAUUAAUUAAACCAAAUUAGACUAAUUGGUUGUAACUUUUGUACGCUUUUUUGUAGUUUGAGUUAUGAAACGCAGUAACUUCCUAUUUUGUUCCUUCAAACUAUUUCGUCAAUUUUCUUUAAUGUUAGAUUGGACUGAAGAGGCCAAUGAAUUAUGUGAGUGUCACCUUUUCUUUGCA